UUCACAUGUUUCCACCUUGCUAUGGAGAAACAGUUGACUUUGUUUGUGGCCAUCCUAUGUGUGGGAGCAGGCUCAGCAGCAACUCUGGGAGUGGUGCACACAGAACUUGGCAGGGUGCAGGGACAGCGGAUUCUCCUCGGGCUCUCCCGCUCUGUGGAUGUGUUCAAAGGGAUUCCCUUUGCAGCAAAACCCGAUACGUUAGAAAAACCCAAACCUCACCCUGGUUGGGAUGGCAUUUUAAAGGCAACCAAGUUUGCCAAGAGAUGUAUUCAGAUGAGCAUGCUUCAAACUUCAACUUUUGGAAGUGAAGACUGCCUCUAUCUCAACAUUUGGGUUCCUCAUGGGCAACAUGUGUCAAAAAAUCUCCCAGUUAUGAUUUGGUUCUAUGGAGGAGGCUUUCUGGUUGGAGGCUCUAUGGGGCCAAAUUUCCUCAACAACUACCUCUACAGUGGUCAGGAAAUCGCUGAUAAGGGUAAUGUCAUUGUGGUGUCAGCGGGUUAUCGUGUGGGGGUCCUUGGUUUCCUAAGCACAGGAGACUCACGUAUACCUGGUAAUUUUCAACAUGCUGCCAUUGUCUGGGUGCGCAGGAACAUUAAAUCAUUUGGAGGAGACCCUGAGAACAUUACUAUCUUUGGAGAGUCCGCAGGUGGUGCUAGUGUCAGCUUUCAGAUCCUCUCUCCCCACAGCAAAGGGCUGUUUAGAAGAGCCAUUUCUCAGAGUGGGGUGUCCCUCUGUCCCUGGGCCCUCAACAGGAAUCCUCACAAGGUUGUACAGGGGGUUGCUGCCAGGGUUGGUUGUCCCACUGAUGAGACGAUGGUGGACUGUCUGAAAGCCACUGAUGCUGCAACUCUCACCAUGGCAGCUCCACGCAUUCAACAAGGAAGUCCAGAUCAUCCUCUCGUGAAAAAACUGCUUCUGUCUCCUGUUGUUGAUGGCGACUUCCUGCCUGAUCAACCUGGCAACUUGUUCCACAACCCUGCUGAAAUUGACUACCUUGUUGGUGUGAACAACAUGGAUGGAUAUCUUGUCACAUCCCAGGACAUUCCGUCUGUCGGGAAGAAGAGCCAGGAGACAUCUGUAGAGGAUGUAAAGAGGCUACUUGGUGCUUAUGUAAAAGAGAAGGGACGAGCUGGUUUGGAUAUCGCCUUUGCUGAAUAUUCAGCUGACUGGGGAACAACACCAAGCCAAGAGACAGUUAAGAGAACCGCUGUGGACAUCGGGACAGACUACCUCUUCCUGGUUCCGAGUCAGACUGCCAUUUACCUCCAUGCUGCAAACGCCACGUCUGGUCGUACCUUCUCCUACUUGCUGUCUGAGCCCAGUUUACUAGCAGGACCAGGAAAACCCUACCACACGUGGGUGGGAGCUGACCAUGCUGAUGACCUGCAGUACGUGUUUGGCAAGCCUUUCACCACACCGAAAGCUUAUGGAGAGAAACACCGAGACCUGUCGGGCUACAUGAUUGCCUACUGGACGAAUUUUGCGAGGACUGGAGAUCCAAACACGGGAACCCUGAAGGUUCCAGUGACCUGGCCUGAAUUUAGCAGGACUGAGCAUAAGUUUCUGGACAUCAGUGCUCGGAUGAACACAACCUCCAUUAAACAGGAAAUGAGGUUGCGUUUUGUAACGCUUUGGACCAGAACCCUUCCCAGUCUCUCAUCAGCACACAAAUUUCAGACAAGCGUGUCAAACAAGAAGACUAAGUCUGGCCACAGACGUAAGGAGAACGGGCGAUAA